AUGACUGCCCAACCGUGCCCAAGAGUCAUUUUUGUCCGUCAUGGACAGACCGAAUGGUCCAAAAGUGGACAACACACUUCAGUUACUGACAUUGAUCUUACUCCUUUUGGUGUACAACAAAUGAAAGCCACAGGCCGUGCGCUUAUUGGAAACAACCCAUUGAACAUGAUCAGACCACAAAAUAUCACCAAUAUUUUCACAUCUCCCAGACUCAGAGCCAAACACACUGCUGAGUUGUUGUUAGAAGAUAUACCUAAGGAGUUCAGAGACAAAAUACCAGUUGUCGUGGAUGAAGAUCUCGCUGAGUGGAACUAUGGUAAAUAUGAAGGGCUUAAGACGGCAGAGAUUAGACAAUCAAGAUGGGAUAGAGGUGUGGAUCCACCCAAUCAUAAAUGGAUGAUAUGGUCCGAUGGUUGUGAGGAUGGUGAAAACUACCAGGAUGUGACAAAGAGGUUGGACAAGUUUAUUGACAGAAUCUUGAAAAUCCACGGUAAGUAUAUGAAAGAUGGCGAACCUAGCGAUAUUAUUGUUAUUGCACAUGGCCAUAUCUUGAGAUGCUUGGUUGCUAGGUGGGUGCAUCGCGAAUUGAACUCCGACCCACAGUUGAUGUUGGAUGCAGGUGGUGUUGGCGUGUUGAGUUACCAACAUCACAACAUCGAAGAGCCAGCUAUCUACUUGGCAGGUGCAUUUACCGUGCCAGUUGAGGAAAAAGGUGCCGAUGUUUAA